GGAAGAACACGCCACCGCACCCUCUCCCGCUCCCUCUCCUGCGCGCUCCGGCCGCCGGCCCGCGCCGCUAGCCUCACCCACCGCACCGGUCUCCGCUCCGAGCGGGAGGAGGCCCCGGGCCCGAGCUGGGGCGGAGGUCCUCCUCCCUGCCGCGCGGCCCCCGGGAGCCGAGGAUUCGCCGUGGAGGACCGAGCCCGGGCUGGAGGCGCCCGCGGCCCCGCGAGCGCCGGCUGCGCCAGGUUUAAAGGUCAACAAGAAUAUCUUACCUUAAUUUGACAAGUGUGUAAGAAAUAAGGUAAGACCAGUUUAUGUUCUGGUAAUGCACAAAGAAAUCUAUAAAUCAAGCUGGGCGAAUAUUAGAUGAUGCCAUAUCGGAACCAUCUGCCUUCAUUCUCAAAAGAAUCGAUACCACAAAGAACGCACCGAAGAUAUAGUGAUUUAUGCCCUUGUGUCAGAGGAGAAAUAUUGGCCAUUUUUCGAGUCACUUCAUAUGAUCCUAAAACAACAGGGCCUGAGGGAAAGAAUGAGAGUGACCAUAACCCCACGCGUGUCGAGGAGCAAAUCUGCUGCUUGGUGUUUGAUUAUCUCCGCUUGAGAAAGGACCGUGGCCUGAUGGAUGCUUGGUGUGGAUGAUGAGGGAAGAACGCACCUCCCACACCCGAGAGGUGACCCCGGAGCAAGCCCCGGAUGACCCCGCGAGCCGGAACCAUGCGGCUAGCCUGCAUGUUCUCAUCCAUCCUGCUGUUUGGAGCCGCAGGCCUCCUCCUCUUCAUCAGCCUGCAGGACCCCACGGAGCUCGCCCCUCGACAGCUGCCAGGAAUAAAGUUCAGCAUCAGGCCACAGCAGCCCUACAACGACCUCCCACCAGGCAGUUCCCAGGAUGGUGACUUGAAGGCACCUACGGAGAGGGUCCCUGGACACUUGUCCAGCCAGGCCCCGAGGGGCUCCCGCCUGCUGGUGCCCGACCGGCCUCAAGCCCAGCUAAACGUAGGGUCCCGGCUCCGGCCCCGGCAGCGCCGCCGGCGGCUGCUUAUUAAGAAAAUGCCAGCUGCGGCCGCCAUCCCAGCCAACGGCUCUGCUGGUGCCUUGGCGCGGCCCGCACCCUGGGCCCCUGACAGCCACUGGGUCACCCUGCACCACAGCCAGCAGGAGCGCAAGCGGGUGAUGCGGGAGGCGUGUGCCAAGUACCGGGCCAGCAGCAGCCGCAGGGCGGUCACCCCCCGCCACGUGUCCCGCAUCUUCGUGGAGGACCGUCACCGCGUGCUAUACUGCGAGGUGCCCAAGGCGGGCUGCUCCAACUGGAAGCGGGUGCUCAUGGUGCUGGCGGGGCUGGCCUCAUCCACCGCCGACAUCCAGCACAACACGGUGCACUACGGCAGCGCCCUGAAGCGGCUGGACACCUUCGACCGCCAGGGCAUCCUUCACCGCCUCAGCACCUACACCAAGAUGCUCUUCGUCCGCGAGCCCUUCGAGAGGCUGGUCUCCGCUUUCCGCGACAAAUUUGAGCAUCCCAAUAGCUACUACCACCCUGUGUUUGGCAAGGCCAUCCUGGCCCGGUACCGGGCCAACGCCUCCCGGGAGGCCCUGCGGACGGGCUCUGGCGUGCGCUUCCCCGAGUUCGUCCAGUACCUGCUGGAUGUGCACCGGCCCGUGGGCAUGGACAUCCACUGGGACCACGUCAGCCGGCUCUGCAGCCCCUGCCUCAUCGACUAUGACUUCGUGGGCAAGUUCGAGAGCAUGGAGGAUGAUGCCAACUUCUUCCUGAGCCUCAUCCGGGCGCCGCGGAACCUGACCUUCCCCCAGUUCAAAGACCGGCACUCGCAGGAGGCGCGGACCACGGCACAGAUCGCCCACCAGUACUUCACCCAGCUCUCGGCCCUGCAGCGGCAGCGCACCUACGACUUCUACUACAUGGACUACCUGAUGUUCAACUACUCCAAGCCCUUUGCGGACCUGUAUUGA